AUGCUGGUUGCCUUGGGAUUGCUCACCUCCUUCCUUUCUUUCCUGUAUGUGACAGCUCCAUCCAUCAGGAAGUUCUUUGCUGGCGGGGUUUGUAGAACAAAUGUGCAGCUUUCUGGGAAGGUGGUGGUGAUCACUGGCGCCAACACAGGCAUCGGCAAGGAGACGGCCAGAGAGCUUUCUCGCAGAGGAGCCCGAGUAUACAUUGCCUGUCGAGAUGUACUGAAGGGGGAGUCUGCUGCCAGUGAAAUCCGAGCUGAUACAAAGAACUCCCAGGUGCUGGUACGGAAACUGGACCUAUCUGAUACCAAGUCCAUCCGAGCCUUUGCUGAGGGCUUCCUGGCAGAGGAAAAGCAGCUUCAUAUUCUGAUCAACAAUGCAGGAGUGAUGCUGUGCCCGUAUUCCAAAACAGCUGACGGUUUUGAAACCCACUUGGGAGUCAACCACCUCGGUCACUUCCUUCUCACCCGCUUGCUCCUGGGGCGGCUGAAGGAGUCCGCUCCUGCACGGGUGGUGACCCUCUCGUCAGUGGUCCACCACGCCGGCAAGAUUCGCUUCCAUGAUCUCCAGGGUGAGAAGUACUACAACCGGGGUUUCGCUUAUUGCCACAGCAAGCUGGCCAACGUGCUCUUCACUCGCGAGUUGGCCAAGAGGCUCAAAGGCACGGGGGUCACCACCUAUGCGGUGCACCCGGGCAUCGUCCGCUCCGAGUUGGUCCGACACUCCUUCCUGCUGUGCCUGCUUUGGCGGCUCUUCUCCCCCUUCCUGAAGACGACGUGGGAGGGGGCCCAGACCAGCCUGCACUGUGCGCUGGCUGAGGGCCUGGAGCCUCUGAGCGGCAAGUACUUCAGUGACUGCAAGAAGACCUGGGUGUCGCCCAGGGCCCGGAAUAACAAAACGGCUGAGCGCCUGUGGAAUGUCAGCUGUGAGCUUCUGGGAAUCCAGUGGGAGUAG